CUAUCAUGAAUUCUGGGUUUUCUCUUUUCUUUUUUCUUUAUAUUUAUUUAUUUAUCCUAAAUUUAUACACCUUAUAGAAAGAACAGAAAACCAUGAAAUCUAAGAGCAGUACGAAGGUUUCUGCAAAAUGGAUUUUCAUUUUCUCCACCUGCUCCUUCUUCCUUGGCAUAAUGUUCACCAACAAAUUGUGGGUCCCACUGGAAUCCAACAACCAGCUCAUAACUCUUAAAAGAAGGGACCAAGAAGAGCUGCAGAUCACCUCUUCGGACUGCAGUACUGAGAUAAAGAAAUCAAGAAACCAGGACAAAGAUGUAGUGAACGAGGUUUACAAAACCCAUGAAGCAAUUCAGUCUUUGGACAAGUCAAUAUCAAUGCUCCAGAUGGAGUUGUCUGUGUCUAGAAAAUCUCAUGAGAAAAUGAAAACUAACGAUGAUUCGUCGUCCUCUGCGAGUUCUAUAAGGAAGAAGGCAUUUAUGGUAAUUGGUAUAAAUACGGCUUUUAGUAGUCGAAAAAGGCGCGAUUCUGUUCGACAAUCUUGGAUGCCUCAAGGGGAACAACUUCGUAGAUUGGAAGAAGAGAAGGGGAUUGUUGUGAGAUUCAUGAUUGGACAUAGCGCCACAUCGAACAGCAUACUGGAUAGAGCUCUCGACUCUGAGGAAGCUCAACACAAAGAUUUUCUCAGGCUGGAUCAUGUUGAAGGAUAUCAUGAAUUGUCUGCAAAAACAAAGAUUUUCUUCACCACUGCUGUUGCAAAAUGGGACGCAGAUUUUUACGUCAAGGUUGACGAUGACGUACACGUUAAUUUGGGUACAUUAGCUGCAAACCUCGCACGCCAUCGAUCGAAACCGAGAGUUUACAUUGGCUGCAUGAAAUCUGGACCAGUUCUUGCUCAAAAAAAUGUUAAAUACCACGAACCGGAGUAUUGGAAAUUCGGCGAAGAAGGAAAUAAAUAUUUCCGUCACGCAACAGGGCAGAUCUAUGCUAUCUCGAAGGAUUUAGCCACCUACAUUUCAAUCAACCAGCCCUUAUUACAUAAGUAUGCAAAUGAAGACGUGUCGCUUGGUGCAUGGUUCAUCGGACUUGAAGUCGAGCACAUAGACGAUCGGAGCAUGUGUUGUGGUACUCCACCAGAUUGUGAAUGGAAAGCACAAGCGGGUAACGUAUGCGUAGCCUCGUUUGAUUGGAGCUGCAGCGGAAUCUGCAAAUCGGUCGAGAAGUUGAAAUUUGUGCACGAACAGUGUGGUGAAGGAGAGGAAGCUCUCUGGAAUGCUUUAUUAUAAAAUCUAUGUGUAACUUUAGCUUCUAUCAUUUUCUUUUUUUUUUUUUAUUAUUAAAGAAGUGUAACUUUAGCUUCACAAAUUGGACCUCAUGCAUAUAUAAUUUAUUAGGGUACAUUAUGGGCAUCUAUGAGGUCAAAUUAUGAAAAAAUCC